AUGCCUUCCGUUACUGAUAUUCAACAACAACAACCAUUAACAGCAUCAAAUACUCAUGGAAAAUCAACACCACCACCGACAACUACAGCGGAUUCAACAAAUGCCGAUCCUAUCACUCAAGUACUCAGCGUUCUAGAGAAGAAACAACGAAAUCUUGGAAAACGAAAGGAGAAAUUGGAAGCAUUUGAGAAGUGCGAAAAAUCUGGUAAAGAACUUCAUAAAGACCAAAAAGACGCGUUAGCCAAAUUACCGGAAGUGCUUGGUCAAAUGGAAUGUGUCAAAGAACUCAGCGAACAAAUCAAAAAGAUUCAAACCGAAUUUAUGAAAUAUCAAAAAAAUCUUUUGAAACAAGCCACAGCUGAGAAACGUUCAUUAGUCUCUCAACGUUUACGAGAAUAUGCUCAACUUCGGUAUCUUCUCGACCACCGGCCAACAACAUUGAAACCUGAAGAAUCGACGCUUUUAGAUGAACUAUCGACAGUAAUCAAUCCAGCGGAUAGUUCAUUAAAUUCAAUAUCUCGUUCAAUCGAUACAGUUCUAUCGAUCUAUCAGGGGGGAUCGUCGGCAACAUCCGUGAAAAACCUUCAGGGAAGAAAUGUUCACGACGUCCGAGCAAUUCUUGAACGUUUAAUUCAAACAAGUGAACCACAAGUAUCGUCAUCUGACAAGACCUCGGAACAAGUCCAAACCAAAGAAUCCGAUGAAACAAACGAGACCAAUACCGAGACCGACAAUGUUCAUUCGAUCGCAACUAAUAAUUUCAAUGAAUAUCCAUUUCAACUUGAUACGCGAACUCAAGACGUGUCUGUGGAACAAAUUAUUCAAAAUAGUCAGUUUCUUUCUAAUGAUUUAACUAAUCCAAGUCAAGAUAAUGAUGAUGAUCAAACUCAUGAUCCAAACCAAUAUUCACAACCAUCGACUGGUAUUGAUUUAAAUCAACAAACUUCUUCACUAUCGUCUUUGGAUAAUCAACAACAAGAUAAUGUCACAAAUCUCGUCGAUGCACAUGAUCAACAAGGUGACGAGCAGUGGCAACAACAACAACGUGGAAAUGCUCAGCGAGGUGGACAGUUUCCUAACGGAGGUGGAAACCGAGCCUAUCAUCGUGGUCGAUCGAAUAAUUAUCAUCAACAAUGGAGAGGAUCACGUGGUGGUGGUGGUGGAUAUGACAACUCAUACGGUAAUCCCAACCAACGAUCCUAUUAUGAUAACAAUAACCGUGGCCGUGGUGGUUCAAACCAAAAUUAUCGAGGUAAUCGUGGUGGUAAUUACCGUGGCGGCAAUCGCGGUUAUAACAAUAACGGUAAUGGAUAUCAAAACCCUGCUCAGUAUCACCCAACCAAUAAUCAACCACAACAAGUUCGUUCAGCACCACCAAACUCAACUCAUCCUCACCAACAUCCUCAACAACAACACCAACAACAAUGA